UCUACAUCCACCCAAAAAUAGCUCUUGUACUUGAUUUGGUCUUGUUGUACAAAAUUUUCAGUCAAGAUGCCCACAACCCCGGCACCCGCGAAAGGUAUUCAGUACGCCGACGACCAAGGAUGUGCUGCGGUUGGGAGAAAGGACACAACUUGUCGCGAGGAGCAAAAGUCUGCUACUCCUGCCGCCGACGACGCCACUCAAUUGCAGCCCUUGACAAUUGUUGCUGGGCUGAGUGGGAUAGAGAAGACCUUCACGGUCGACCCCGAUGUCGUCUGCACUGUCGGUGACUUAACGCCGUUUCUGCAGAGCGCACCUGACCUGGCUACGCUUUUCCACCCCGACAAAAACAGCCCCCUGCCGAUCAGGAUCCGGGCCUCCAGAUUCGCCUGGCUGCGAAAACCUGCGCCGCAAGCGAAAUGCAGCACCGCGAAUCAUGCAAUCGCGUCUCCUCCGUCUGCUUGUUUAUCUGGAAAGGAGCCUGCUGACGUGACAAAGCAGCAUAAAAAGGACGUGACCGCGUCAGCUGUGGUGGGUACUUCUCCGCUAGUGACUUGUUCCCCCUCUCGGAAUAAACAUUUGCUGGGCGAAAGUGAGGACGACUCUUGUCGAGACGCUGCCGGCGGACGCGAAGCUGCGUCGGAGAACGAGGCGGACAGCGUCGUGCACGAAUCUGAUGACGACGACGACGUUUUGGAGGAGAUUGCGGAGGAUCCGAAAGAGGAACUGCGGUUUGAUGGAACCAAGUACCGGUACGUCAUUCGGACUGCGGAGAAAGUGAUCCCGACCGAUGCCCAGGGUUUUCCGACUUCCAGCGGCGAUGUCGCGGACUGGAUUUUCGACCAGGAGUACAAAAAGUUGGACUGGUCGUCAGAGGACCUGGUCGGGGCAUUCCGCUCUAAAAAAGCCGAAAGCGAUGUGCGAACCGUGUUCCCGCUGCACCGCCACACGCUCGAAGAUAUGCAAGACACUGAGUGUUUGUUUCAGCAGUAUCGGGUGGUUGCCGAGGUUCUGCGCAUGACCGACGAGGAAUGGAGCCGCCACGGCUGGCGAGACCAAACCGCUGCUGAAUUCAAGAGCAUCAUCGCGGAGUUGCGCGCAAAGUUGUCUCCAGCGGAACGGCAUGAUCAAAAAACGAACACAAAGCUCCACAAAAUGGGGAUCGUUCACCGCCAGUACUUCAAAUUACGGCCGUCGCAAUACAAGAGUUUUCGUCAGGAGUAUGCAGAGCGGAUUCUGACGCGCUUUCUGACGUACAACUUCAACGAACGUCCUUUACGUGCGUACGGCGUCGGUUUACAGCAUGCAGAUACAGAAGUAGAAAAGCGUUUCGUUCAGAUGAUCGUGAAACCGGCGUUGCGACAUAUCACUCGCUGGUCGCAGGCGGACCUUCCCGGCUUGCUGUGGUAUUUGCGAUUUCCUGAAGAACUAUUGGACGAAGAGUCCCCCGUCGUCCAGUUUGUUGAUCUAACUGACCCGCUCCAGAUUGCGCCGCUCACGGAACUGUUCCGGAAGAUCGGCACGAGGCGUGGCGCAUGGAGAGCCAUCCGAGAUACGCUGAAGGAGGAGCUGCUGGACUUUUUCCGCCGUUGUGAGGACGACGAUUUUUUUUCUUUUCCCGAAAUUCGAAUCGCAAUCGGAAGCGUAUUUUAACCUCUUCUACGCGCAGACACAUAUGAUAUUUAUUAUAUUCGAUUCGUAUUUAUUUUUAUCCGAAUUUAUUGCGUGAUUUGCAGUGAGUACAUUUGUGUUGGGAGGUAAAAGAGAAAAACAACAAGAUGUUGCACUUGCUUUUUAUCAAUGCUAUGAAUUUUUUUUUUAUUUAUUCAGGAGGUGGACACAGUAGCAUCAAAUUGAAAUCCAAAUGCAGAUUGACGAAGAGAGCCGCCAUCAGUUUUUGGCCUCCGCGGAUCACAUGACCGAGGUCUGCAUGCCGAUCACACGCGUGUUCACGGACGCCAUGACAACAGUGGGCUUCGGAGCGUACGCGGAGGACGUCUUGCGUGUGCUGAGAAACCCGAAAAAACGUGCGCAGCAGCUUGUGCAGCGUGCAGAGCAACUCGCCAAGGAGUUCGAACACAUGUUUGCCCCCCCACAAGAGCCGCAGCCCGACGACGGCGACGAAAGCCAGGAUGACGAGGAUCAUGAUGAUAAUGGUGGAAGCGAGAACUAUGAGCAGUCGGACCAGUGGACCGUCUGCUCGUCAUCGUCUUCACCGUCGAGCCAUCGAUCGAACGAAGUUGCGGAUCCACCAAUCGGGGAGCUCGAGGUGAUCGAGCUAUCGGACUGAGAUGAAUCAGGACGAGAUUCCAAGAAAAAUGCAACACCCUGGAGUUUUGAACUAAGAAGCAAAUUAAUGUAACCAACGACGAGGACGAUUUUUAUUUGUUGCUGCUCUCUGGUUUAUUUGAAUUUUUUCUCACGUACUAAAAACACAGCACCAGUGACUUCUAAUUUAAAAUUUACUAUUACUAAUUUUGUACAUUACAAUAGUGUAGUACUAGCCAUAACAGUUUCUGUCCCGUUGCUCCUUCGUAAGCAGCCGCAGCUGAAAGAAUACAAUGAAUAUACUUACAAUAUAAUCAAAAGCUUUAAUAGCGACGUUCAAGAGCCGCAUCGUUGCGUCUUUGUUUAUGGCUUCACCAGCAACAGCGACCGGCCGUAAUCUGGUAACCAAAGUGUGCGCAAGCGCUCGCAGGUGAGACCUGCCGUCCCAUAGCGUGCGCAAGUGCCCGGCCGUAAUCUGGUAACCCCGC